AUGAACCACCCUGAAUCCACAGGUGUAGGUUAUUAUGCCCUGAACCGUGUGGACGGUAUUCGGAUGAGCACGGCCCUCACAUAUUUGCAGAUGGCGCGCCACAGGCUGAAUCUAACUAUUAGGGCGGACGUGCUGGCUCGGCGAGUUCUAUUCGACGGCGUAAGGUCUGUCGGCGUGGAGGUGGAGAGCGGCGGUGAAGUCUUCGCGAUAGACGCGGAUGAGGUGGUUCUGUCCGGAGGCGCUAUUAACUCGCCGCAGCUGCUGAUGUUAUCGGGCGUCGGACAGCGCGAACAUUUGGCUGAGGUCGGCGUGCCACUUACGCUUCACCUUCCCGGAGUAGGGCAGAAUCUCCGCGACCAUCCAGCGGUAUUUAUGUUGUAUGAGAGCGCAGAGCCUAUUCCCCCUGGCUCUCCCGCGUUGCAGAUUGGGAUGCGGUACACUACCCCCGGCUCGGAGUUUCGCAACGAUAUGCAGAUGCGUCCUCUGCAUGUGCGAACAGAGCACAUGCCGAUUAACUUCGACCUUACUAGCGACAUUACGCCAACCGGAUUCAGCAUCGCGCUGCAAAAGGCGCUUUCUUCGGGGGAGUUGCGCUUGAACUCGUCCGAUCCGCACCAGCAGCCGUAUCUCAACUACCGCUAUCUGACGCAUCCGUUUGAUGGUGAGCGGUUGCGUGGCGCAAUCAGGCUGUGCGCGGAGCUUGCGGAAAGCAGCGCAUUUGCAGAUGUCGGGAUUGCGCGAAUCUCGCCAAACGAUGAUGAUCUGAAGUCUGACGAUGCGCUUGAUCGUUGGCUGCUUGACAAUGUUCUGACGCAGCAUCACUCUUCGGGCACCUGCAAGAUGGGCCCGGCGUCAGACGAGAUGGCGGUGGUCGAUCAGUACGGCAGGGUGCAUGGCAUCGAUGGCUUGAGAGUGGUGGACGCUUCUAUUAUGCCCGAUGUGAUACGCGCAAACACCAAUGUUACGACGAUCAUGAUUGCUGAGCGUAUAUCGGACUGGAUGGGGCAAAGCUAG